AUGGGGGAGGAGGGUAGUGCUGGCUGUGGUGGUAGGAGGGGGUGCGGUUGUGUUGGCCACGGUGAUGGUGAGGAAGAGGAAGUGAAGGAGGAGGAGGAGGAGGAGGCAGCAGUGGAGGGUAAGAGGGGGAGGUUGUGGCUAGAUGGCGAGGGUGUGGGACAUGGUCAUGGCGAUGGUGGUUGUCUUGGUGGUGGUGGUGGUGGUGAUGAUGGAAAUAGGGCAUUGGCGCGGCGAUUACUGGGCACGACGAAUUGGCGUUUGAAGCCGCCUCUUCGGCUUUUUAGGAAGAGCGGUGCUGCUUUUGUUGUUGUUGUUGUUGUUGUUGUCGACGUCUUCGUUGGUGACACUAGGAUGUGUGAUGUUGUCGGUGAGGUGUUGUGA